UAUGCUCCAGCUGUUAAGGCAUUUACAAUCCAUUGAGGACAUUUGAAAUAUAAACACAGUUAAUGUUUAACAGCUUGUGACAAUUUACAUUCAAGUCUUUUGUAUAAAAGCAAAGAGUAAACUGCUGAAUUUAUGUGCUGCUUUAUCUCCUUCCAGCAGGACUCCCGGAAGCCAGUCAUGAACAUCCAAAUGCAAUUGUUGGCUCUCACAGUUCUGAUACUGUCUCCCCAAAUCUUCGUGGACGCAGAUGGCCAGCUAUAUAAUAUCGUUCAAGAGAACGUGAAGAAUGCUAACUUGCUGUCUCGAGAUAAUGUAGAUAGAAUCAUAAAUGCGAGGGAUCUGCUGAUGAGAAAAGCAAGAAAAGCAAAGGACUGCAAUGAACUCUUUCGCCAUGGUUAUACAAUGAGUGGUCUCUAUGUAAUCCAGCCUGAUCCUGUGGACAAAACACCCUUAUUAGUGGUGAACUGUGAGAUGGAGUACGACUGUGGUGGAUGGACUGUAUUAGAGCGGAAGUCCAGAUCAAGCCCACUAACGUGGAAUGAAACCUGGACCACAUACCAGUAUGGGUUUGGGAACAUUUUGGCUGACCAUUAUCUUGGCAAUGAGUACAUAUAUUUCUUAACCAAUCAAAUGUGGUAUAAAGCCAGAGUUGUUCUGGAAAAGAACAGAAAUGGAAAAAAGAUUCAGAGAUUUGCAGAGUAUGACAUUUUCCGGGUAGGUCCAGAGAAGUAUAAUUACCCUCUGUAUCUUGGUGCAUAUAAAGGUAAUGCUGGGGAUGCUCUGUCUGUACCAGGUAACAUGGUUGAUAAUUUGCCUUUUAGUACAAGGGAUAAGGAUUCGGAUUUGGAUUCACAAAACUGUGCCAAUAAGUAUGGUGGCGGGUGGUGGUUCAAUACUUGUCCUUCGCGAGAACCCUUUGCUAUGUUAACCAAAAAGGAAUCAAUUUACUGGGAACCCUAUGGCGAUGACGCUGAGCAUGUCACCAUUCUGGUCAGGUCUGUCAAUAUGUACUGCCGUAAAAAGGGACUGAUAUCAAAAAUAUAACUGUAUUUCAACAUGCAGUAUUUUGUGUAACCAGCUAAUACAAUGCUUGCUAUUCAUGUUAUAGUCUAGAAAUAAACUUCAUUAAAGCACCUGAGUUUGUUUCAGUUCCCAAAUUGCAUGUACCUGUACAUCCUGUGUUGUUUAUGAGAGUGUGUGCAGGCUGCCCUGCAUACAGAAGUUAGUAAAGUUUUUGUCUAAAAACUAUUGAUUGGGCUGGGCUGGCUGCUGUGGUUUAAUGUCAUUGAUAUCGAUAGCAGGGGAAAUUAGCAAUAGAUAUUCCAACUGCCAGCACCGGCUUUCCGCCCCACCAAGAGCAUACAUUACUUUUUGAACACAAGAGAUUAUUCUGCAGAUGCUGGAAAUCUUCAGCAACACACACAAACGCUGGAGGAACUCAGCAGGUUGGGCAGCAUCUUUGGAGGGGAACAAACAUUUGACGUUUCAGGCUGAGACCGGUCAUCAGGACUGGAAGGGAGGAGGCCAAAAGACAGAAUAAGAGAGUGGGUCAGGAGAAGGGGUGGAGUACAAACUGGCAGGUGCUAGGUGAGAAGAGGUGAGGGGGAAGGUGGGUUGGAAGAGGGGGGUGCAGAAGUAAGAAGCUGAGAGGUAAUAGGUGGAAGAGAUAAAGGCCGAAGAAGAAUAAAUCUGGUAGGAGAGGGCAGUGGACCUUGGAGAAUCAUACUAGGUUUCCAAGGCGCAGGCCUGGGCAGGGUUGUAUGGGAGACCGGCAGCUGCCCAAGCUGCAAGCCUUCCCUUCUCCACGCCACCGAUGUUGUCCAAGGGAAGGGCACUAGGACCCAAGCAGCUUGGCACCAGUGUUGUCACAGAGCUCAAGGGCACAACACGCUGCCUCAGCUGAGGCUCGAACCAGUGACCUUCAGAUCACUAGACCGAUGCCUUAUCCACUAGGCCACGCGCCAACACUUGAGGAGAAUCAGAGGGUGGUGAUAGGCAUGUGAGAAGAGAAGGUGUGAGAGAGAGUACUAGAAUUGUAAAAAGAGGUAAGGGGGUGGGAGAGAGAAGUAAUUAUAAUCUCAGAUGCUCUAGAAUUAUUAUUGAUGUGUCUUUAACAACACCAUAAGACCUAGGAGCAGAAUUAGGCUUUUUGGCCCAUUGAAUCUGCUCCACCAUUCCAACAUGGCUGACUUAUUAUCCCUCUCAACCUCCUUCUCCUGCCUACUCCCCGUAACCUUUGAUGCCCUUACUAAUCAAGAACCCAUCAACCGCUGCUUUAAAUAUAUCCAAUAGAUAUUAUACAUUGUCACAUACAAAGGCAAUUCUAGCACUUCUCAUACUCCCAUAGCUCUUAGACCAACACCUGAAUAUGAAGUAGAGAGACCCAUAUUAUAUGCAAUGCGUAUUGCAGCAGCAACACACAAGGGGCUGGAGUAACUCGGCUGGACGAGCAGCAUGUAUGGAGAGGAAUGGGUGGCAAAUGCCGCGGGUUGACCAUAGAUGCCGACCUCCAGUGCUUUGUGUCUUGGUCCAGAUUCUAGCAUCUGCAGUCUCUUGUGUCUUCAUAAUGCAACAGCCUUGGUAUGUACACAAACUGCUUUCCAGAGGGCUCAGAAAGAAAUUGACAGAGUUACCAACAAUGUCACAUCACCACACAAUUGAGGGCUAAAUGAGCAAAACAGCCAGAGGUUUCACAUUUCAUAGAAAAAUAGAAUGCUCUCCUCGAAGGAAGAACACAUGCAGCUGGCUUGGGAUAUUGCUUCCAGCUGCUCACACGCAGGUUGGAUGCUGGGUGUACAACUAUGGUGAAAUCAGAUUUCUUUAGUUGUCUCAUCACCACAACGAAGUGAAUACAUUGGCCAUUCACAUUGUUCAGUUAUUUCUUUUAAAGUAAUUUCUCUGCUAAAUUUGGAGAAAUUCAUUUUCAUUCCAUCCCUACAUAUGUGUGGCCACUUUAUUAGGUACUCCUGUACACCUCCCUAAUGCAAACAUCUAAUCAAUCACAUGGCUACAGCUCAAUGCAUAAAAACAUGCAAACAUGGUCAAGGGGAUCGGUCUUUGUUCAGACUGAACAUCAAAAUGGGGAAGAAAUGUGAGCUAAGUGUCUGAGAAAUGAUUGUUAGUGCCAGAUGGGGUAGCAUCUCAGAAACUGCUGAUCUCCUGGGAUUUUCUCCCACAACAGUCUCUAGGCCAU